AUGGGAAUAUUUGAAAAAAAACAAUAUCAUAGUCCAACUGAGAAUGAUAAUACUUAUCAAGAAGAUACAACAGAUGAUGAAGAAACAAAAAAAAAAAAGUUAAUUGAAAGAAAACGAAAAAUACAGCAUGAAAAGGAAAGAGGGAAACAUCGAGAAAGGGGUAAAGAGCAAGAAGAGGAAAAGGAAGAGGAAGAUGAAGAUGAAAAAGAAGAGGAUGAAAAAAAACAUCAUAGAGAUCGUGAUAGAGAACGAGAAAACCGAAUAAAAUAUAAAGAAAUGAAAAGAAAAAAACGAGAAGAAGAUUCAAAUAUUAGUAGUAGUAAUAGUAGUAGUGAUAAUGAAAGUAGCAGUAGUGAGUCAGAUGUAAAACAUAAAAAAGAGUAUAGUGAAAAAUAUGAAAAAAUGAGGAGAGAACGUAAAAGGCACCGAGAUAGAAGUCGGGGCAGAAGUAGGGACCGAAGUAGAGACAAAUACAAACUUCGGGGAACAUAUACUAAUGUAGAAGUUCGUAUAAAGAGUAGUAAACAUAGGAAUAGAAGUUCAGAUGACGAAAAAAUAAAAGAAAAAAGAAAAUAUAAGAGACGAGAUAGGGAGGAUGAUAAAAGUAAAGAUAGUAACAGUAGUAAUGAUUCAGAAGAAGAAGAAGAAGAAGAAAGUAGAGAAGUGAAUAAAAAGAAAAAAGCCAUUGAAAAAGGGGAAGAAGAUGAAAGUGAAAAUAAAAAUGAAAGUGAUGAUAGUAAUGAAGGAUCUGAAAAAAGUAGUGUUCGAAGUAGUAGUGGAAGUGAGAGUCAUCGAAAAAAAAUGAGAAGUCAUAGUAGAAGUAUUUAUAGAGAAAGAAGAAGAAGAAGACACAGAAGUUCAGAUCGAAGAUCAAGAAGAGAUCGACAUAGAAGUAGUGAACGAAGAAGACGGAAAAGAAGAAGGGAUAGAGAAAGAGAUAGGGAAAGAGAACGAAGAUAUAAACGUAGAGAAAGAAGUUAUAAAUUUGAUUCUCCUCCUGAAUCUGAAACAGAUGAUAAUAGUGAUAAUAAUAAAAGUAAAAGAAAAAAAAGUAAUUUUUCUUCAGAAAAUCCAAAUAGUAACAUUAUUGAUAAUGCUAAUUUACUUUUAAAUGCAAGCAAUAUAGCAAAUGCUAAUUUAAAUGAUCCAUCAGCAUUACUCAAUAUACUUGCAUCUAAUUCAAGUCAAAGUGGUGAUAAUGGAAUUGCAAAUCCUGCAAACCUAUUAUUAGAUGCAAGAAAUAAAUUACUAGAGGAUAAAAAAGGUAUAGGACUAAAUCAAAGUCCAUUAAAUUUACUUCUAAAUACACAAUCGUUACAACAAUUAUAUAAAACAGCACUUGGUAUUGGUGAAUUAGGAUUAUCAACAAUUGAUGCUAAUGCUGAAAAAACAGCUAGAGAAUUAUAUGUUGGUAAUAUUCCACAAAAUAUAGAUAUACAAGAAAUAGUAAAAUUUUUAAAUACAUGUUUAUUAAUAUUAUAUAAUAAAGAAAAUGAAAAUGAAAAUAUAUGUUUAAAAGCAUGUAUCCGUGGUGAUACAAGAUAUGCAUUUGUUGAAUUUAGAAGUUUACAAGAUACAUCAAACUGUAUGUUAUUAAAUGGUAUAUAUUUUUACACUAAUAAUCUUCGUAUUGGAAGGCCUAAAACAUUUCCAGCCGAAUAUACAAAACUAAUACCACCAGCUACUAUUCCUCCUAUAGAUACAUAUUAUCUAUCUCAAGGGUUAAUAGGAAUAAAAGCAUUUGUUAUAUUUCAUCAAAAUCGAGAUGAAACAAAAAAUGAAUAUCUUCCUGUUGAUAUGAUUAAAUUACAAAAACUAUGUGUAUCAAAUAUUUCUAAAAAUAAUGAGACUAAUAAAAUUAAAGAAUUAUUAGAAGCCUUUGGAGAAAUUCAAAGUUUUGAAUUUUUUGAAGGUGAAGAAAAUUCAGAUACUUAUAUUUGUCUUGUUGAAUAUAAUAAUGUAGAAAAUGCAAUACAAGCUCAUAAAAUAUUAAAUCAAAACACUAGUUAUAGAAUCCAAUUUGAAUAUGAAAUUGUUAAUGAUCCUACAAUUAAUCAGCUAGUUAAAAAAAAAUAUAUGCAAAAUAAAAAUUCUAUUCUUUCUCAGCAAAUACCAACAAAAGUUGUUGUAUUAAGUAAAAUUGCUACAUUUGAUGAACUAUCUAAUCCUGAAGAUUAUAAAGAAAUCUCAGAAGAUAUUAAAAUCGAAUGUGAAAAAUAUGGGCCUGUUGUUGAGGUUGUUUUACCUCUUAUAUCACCAGAAACUUAUGAAUAUUUAACCAACAAAUCAAAGAAAGAAAAUGACAAAAUAAAUGAAGAGGGUGUGUCAUCUGAUAAAGUCAACGAAACUGAUGAACAAUCUAAUAGUGAUUUGGUUGAAAAAACAGAAAAAGAUGAUAAUGAAGAUGAGGAAACAGACCAAGAUCGGGAACAUCCCUACUAUGAUCUGAGUUCCAUUGGUUGUGCUUUUAUUUAUUUUGAAACAAUCGAAGGAGCAACUAAAACAAGAAAAGAACUUAGUGGUAGGAAAUUUGGAGCCAAUAUUAUAGAAGCCAAUUAUUAUAGCGAAAAAAAAUUUCUUAUGAAAAAUUUUAAAAAUGUAAAAUAUAAUUUUAAAAAAUCUCAUUCUUCUCUUUUUAACUUAAACUUGAAGUUAGGGAAUUGUGCGUAUUCUGAUGGGUCUGAUGAAGACUGA